UGUUUUGAGAAAAAGAGAAACCCUGAUUCUUCUUCACUGUGUCGUGAGCUCUGGCUCUGCUGUCCUUCUUUCGCAAAAUUGAUUUGCAGGUAGCUGUGAUAUAGGUCUCAUUUCUUGCUCCUGGUCUCAAAUUUAAUCCUUUCAGUUCCAUGAAUCGAGUACUUUUAGCUCACUUAAGUUCAGCAUAGUUUGAGAUUAGAUCGGUUCAUGAAUUGGCUGGCAAUACUGACGUGUUUCAGUUUAAUGUAAUUGUAUUGGGUUUGGUUUGGAUUGAGGAUUAUUAAGGUUCUAUACCUGUUGCUGAGAAUCACAUAUUAGGUUGGUCAUCUUGGACAUGGGAAUCCAGAAACUUUUGUGGGAAGUAGCAAAGAAAUCAUUCACUGGAGGUAUUAUAGGGCUUACCAUUUCAGAUAGAUGUUGUAGUGUUGUUCCGGUGAGAGGAGAUUCCAUGUCUCCGACAAUGAAUCCCCUGAAAAAUUCCUAUUUAGAUGAUUAUGUACUCGUGGAUAAAUUUUGCCUUAAGGAUUACAAGUUUGCUCGUGGUGAUGUUGUUGUGUUCAGCUCUCCGACAAAUUUUAGGGAUAGAUACAUAAAGAGGAUAGUAGGGAUGCCUGGCGAAUGGAUAAGUAGUUCUCGGGAUGUGAUAAGAGUCCCAGAAGGUCACUGUUGGGUAGAAGGAGAUAACAAAAGUACCAGCUUAGACUCAAGAACCUUUGGCCCUAUUCCUUUGGGUUUAGUUCAAGGACGGGUCACUCGUGUGGUGUGGCCUCCUCAAAGAGUAAGCAAGAUUGGUCGAUAAAGAUAAUUGAGAAAAAGAAGGAGAAUGAGAAGGACUCCUCGCUCACAAAUUUUUCUAGUCAGAAUCCAAAAUCCGUCUACAUUUGAUCUUAAGAGUCUCUGUGGGGGAACUCUCAAAUUCACAUUUUUUCUUUUUAGUUACAUUUGUAUUCCAUUUUCAAAUCGAUGAUAAAAUCAACACAUUCUUGUAUUGGGACAAAGUUUGUAGCUCUUACCUUGUGCCUGAUUGUGGCACCGGUUUGC